GCCUCAGCGCGGCCCGCGCCGGCCGCAGCGCCCGCAGCCCUGCCCCGAGCCCGGGAGUAGCUGAGUAACGCGUUCCGAUGAAUAGGCCCUCCCCAUCUUCCCUGGAGCUCCUUCGGGUACUGACUGCAAGGUGCUCCGAGGUCUGCACGCAACCUUCUCCGAUUCUCUUAGCCUGUCUUUGUAGCGGAGGUGUUCCAGUCCCAUUAGCUGCUUCGUGGCCCCUGUGCUUGCUCCAGCAGUCCCGUGCGUUCUUGCCUUGGGGACAGAGGUGUGCACGGUGCUCCCGGGGGGCUCUCGCACGGGCAGGGGCGCGGGCACAAUCUCUGGAUGCAGCCCGGGACGGCUUUGGGGGCUGAGGGGAAAAACCUGACAUUCCUGAAAAUGGCAGCUGAGACAUCCACGGAAGUUGCAAAAACAGCUAAACAAUUCGUCCUUAAGGAAGAGGUAAUUGUAGAAAGACAAUGGCUGAAGCUUUCAGAAACAACUUACACUGAUCCCUUUGGGAAAACCAGAACUUGGGAAACUGUAAAGCGUACUGGCAACAAAAAGGGAGUUACAGCUGAUGGUGUAGCAGUGAUAGCAGUGCUACAGAGAACCCUGCACUAUGACUGCAUUGUCCUGGUGAAACAGUUCAGGCCCCCAAUCAAUGGCUACUGCUUGGAAUUUCCUGCAGGCCUCAUUGAGGAAAACGAGUCAGCAGAAACUGCUGCGCUUCGAGAGCUGAAGGAAGAAACUGGGUACAAGGGGGAAGUCAUUGAAUGUACUCCAGCUCUGUGCUUGGACCCAGGAAUGUCAAACAGCACAACACACAUCGUGAGUGUCGUCAUUAAUGGAGAUGAGGCUGAGAACACAAGACCUAAGCAAAACCUCGAUGAUGGAGAAUUUGUGGAAGUUGUUUCACUUCCAAAGAACGACCUGCUGCAAAGGAUUGAUGAACUAGUAGCAGAGGAACAUCUGGCAGUAGAUGCCAGGGUUUACACUUACGCGUUAGCUCUGAAGCGUGCAGAAGAAAAACCGCUCCAAGUUCCUUUCAUGAAGUUCUAGAACUGGACAAUGAGAAAUUUAAUUCAAAACUUCCCAAGUUGGAUGGCUUAGAAGUACAACUCUUCUUGUAAUCAGGGUCUUUUGCUGUACUUGUAGAGCAAAAAAAGUGUAGUGAUUGUGGUAUUUUUAUUUGGAAUUAUGUAACUGACAAAAAGCAUUUCUUUUAACUGCUCUAUCACCCCUUGAC